UAUAGUCUGAUUAUUUAAAUUUUUCGAUGGAUUAUAUUUUACGAUACAGUUUUCGUACAUGAUCCCGUAACAGGAAAAUCAGUGGUUUACUGGUUGGUAGAGUACUUGGGUUUCACACUUGCCUUGGUCUAGUCAGCUGAGUAAUAUCUGUUUCAACACGAAUGGGCUUAUAGCUCGAAAUAUAAGCCUGUACUUCCUUAGUAAAUUUAGAUUAUGACUUUGUUAUAGUAAGAACUGCCGAUAUCUACAUGGCUUCUCAAAAACUCAUCAGAAUUCAUUGCAUAAAGUAACGUUCAUCAGUAUCUGCUUCCUGCUGUUUUUAUUUGGUCUUUGUCGUAAAUAUGGCCCUACAUGUAAAUGUUUCUUCGUCUAUUUUUUUCAGAAAUUGAACUGCUAUUUAAAGGCUCUCACCAACCUCCAGAACUCAUUCUAGUUAAGACUGACAAUAUUUUCUCAUAAAACACAAUGAAACCGAUCUGUGACUAUUUGGAUUGUGUUUCUCUUCAUUGAAACACAAAAUGUCUGUUCAGAUUACGGUCUAAAACUGUACCUAGAUCGUUAGUAGUAACUUUUUAUUCAGUGCAUUGAGCAAUCAUCAGUUCUAGUGGGUUGAUGAUACAAAUACAUUUGUAAGAAACUAUAAACUUUCUAACCGAAAUAACCAAUUCAACUGUGGAGAAAUAUUAGACAAUAUGACUGGGAUUUAGUCUUGGGAGAGUAAUUUUUUCCCCCAAGUGCCUUGGUGUUGUCGAGGGAGAGGGGUGUCUACUUGUCCCAUCGAAAUGUUUUCAUACGGUUACGCGUUUAUAGCCUUUCUGCCAGCGAAGACCUACCCACUACCUUCAUAUGCCAGGGUUUAUUUUACUUGUAUAUUUUAUUUCAUUUAGCACACAUACAUUCCGCAAUUGAUUGAUCAUUGAAUGGUGACCAAUAUAAUGUGUGUUAAGUCCUUAAUACAAAUCGAAUUAUAUACAUCAAGUUGCAAUGUAGCAACUACUCUAAGUAGUGACUCAAUAUCGCGUGCACUAUGUUGAGACGAGAUGGUGGUUGGAGGUAGUCGACAAGAGACCCUGGACGUUAGUUGACACAGUCGAAUCCGUCAGGGAGCAUCAGUUUUCUCAAGAUUACAGGCACACUUUGCUUAACAAGUGCCAUCAAGUUUAAAAUCAGGUAUAUGAGUGUAUAUUACUACUGAAUGCGAAACCCACAGAUCGUCAGUUCGGUUUUAUGGUACAACCGUGGGUACGCGCCUUUGCGGGGAAACGAAUGUUUAAUGCACUUCGUUUUCCAAUACUUUUUUAAAACUAAAGUCUCUAUAUGAUAAAAUCUACAUUGUAACUCGAUAAUUUGUUUAACAUUGCUACAACGUGUAAAUUAUCUUUUUUUGUGAUUACUUGUAUGUUUCGAUUUUGAUCGUGUUGCUUUUCGUUGUUUAAAGUUUUUCACAUUAUCACUGGCAAUACGACGGUAAUUCCAACUCCUUCUCGGUAUUCAUGUUGUUUGAAUUUAUCUUAUCGUACUGAUAUGGUGCAGGAACUUGGGAUGAUGCAUAUUUAUUUCAUGCUCUACGGUGAUUAUAACUGACUUGCUAAAGCAGAACUGUAUAUGUACUAUUUAUUAAUAUCCAACAUGAGUUAUUUGCCUGGUAUAUACUUCAAUAUUAUUCAGGACUUUUGCUAUGUAUCCAUAUUUCUUUUACUAUUGAUGAUCAGGUUGAGAUGUUAAUUGGUUGGAGGCAGUCUGUAGAAAAUCAUGGGUUUAAGUUUCGUGCUAGUUGACACUUGUCAGCAAUUUGUACUUGCCAUAUCAGCGUAACCGAUGCUUUAUGUAGAAUUCGGACCUCCCUAACCCUUCUUCGCAACCAGAGACGCUACCAUCAAGCUAUACAGGCCACAGAUGGCCUCCUAGGUCCAGAGUUUCCUACCAACUACCUCCAACCGGUUAAUGUCUUAACAUAGUCUACACACUAUCAAGUCACUUAGAUUAGUGACCACAUUACAAAUCGAUUGGUAGAAUUCAUUCAGCACUGAAAAGAACUCGGCAAGCAUGUGAUUGGCCAUUACUCAGUAAUUAUUCAAUUGUAUUCAAUUAAGUGUCCGUUAUACAGUCUGCUUUAUAAUUUCUCAUCCUAUUCCACUUUUUAUGUAUUUCACCUUUUGUUUUAAAUUUAAUGUAGUACCGGAUGAAUAUGUAGAUGUAUUUGGGCCUUUUUCUAUAGAACAACUUCAACAAUAUAGAAGUGGUGAGUUUUGUGCUACUUUUGGUUAUUUGUUUUUAUAUUAUCAAAAGAGGUAUACAAUGAAGACACUUUAAUCGGUUUACGGUGUAUUUCGUGGAGUAUCAUAGAUAACUUAGUGGUUUGAUAAGUAACGAAAUUCGAGAUCGGAUUUCACGAAGUUUAAACAAAAGACCUGGUGAUACCACCCAGUCUUCCAAACCAAACUAGGUGGAGUAGAGCUCAAACUUGGAAUUUAGUGUUCGAAUGUCUAACAUCUUAACUACUGAGCGACCGCUCCAUGUUGCUCACCAAGAUGACAAAUGAUUAUAGUGGCUGUGCUUCGUUGACCAAUCACCCUCGUAACUGUUACCAUAUAAUCUUCAACGGUGUUUGAAAUCAGAAGGCAAAGAGGAAGCAGCGACUACAGUUUUAUUAGCAAAUGACUCAGACCACAAAGCAAUGAUGCGAAUGAGUGAGUCAGCGAACUGAGAGCGUAGAUUGUUAAAUGGAUCAUCUAAUCAAUUAAGCACUUAAUAAUAAAGCUAGCAGAAUGAAUAUAUGGGUAGGCGGUAAGCAAAUGUUCAAGCAUACAUAUCUCAUACAAGCACAAUAGUAAAGGUACAAUAAGUUGUUAUAGUACAGAAGACUUUGUCCGCUAAGUAAGUUAAUAAAAGGGCUUAACUGAGUUAAAUGAGAACACACUCAAUUGCACGUGAGUUGCUAUGUAAUAAUAAGUAAAUCUGAGACUUGGUAGGCACAUUCGAUUCACAUUCAGUGUGGUCAAAUGAUUUUGUACUGGUUACAAGACCUGAAUGUUGUUUUUUUCAAGUUCGCUGAAAGUGAUCUCUUCACAGCUUACAUAUAUUCUUCUGAACACAUUUGAGGUACGACUGUUCUUCAAACCAUUGAUCAUCUGAUUUUGAACUCAGAUGUAUCCACUUUUUCUUUCUAAUAUUUCACUAAAUCUUAAAGUUUUUGCAUCAUUUCCAUGUUAUUGAUUGUUCCUGAUGUAUCCAUUCCUAUAGGAUGAGUUUAGGUAUUUCCUGAUUGAAUUUGAUGAUCAUAUCUUUCUCCCUCUCUCUCUCUCUAUAUAUAUAUAUAUAUAUAUCUGAAAAUAAUGGUAGAAAAUUUCCAUAAAUGAUUCAUCUAUGUUACACAGAUCUAAAGUAACGGUUGGAGGAAAUCCUAUAAUUUGACAAUAACAACACGUAUUUCCUCAUUAUUGUAGUUUACUCAAGAAAUCCUUUUGCAUUUCGUUGUUGAAGCAACUUGUUGCUUGUGUAUAUAACCCUCUUUUUCCAAGUGUCUAUUUGCUCUUCGAUUGUCUUUAAAAUGGUGUAAUAAGAACAAGGCGAAAGGUUAAGUAAUAUGUAUUAUACAUAUAUAUCACGAUGGUUAAAACCAUGGGUUGUUUACAUAGAUGUGUCCUACUUUUUGGAGGUGAGGCAAGGAAACCCAUAUCCUGUGUGUGUGUAUGUGUUCGCUUAUGUUACAUAAGCGAUUUUCAUGCGUAGAGGUGGCUUCAAUCAGUUGUUUUUCUCUCGAAUCAACUGAUCAUACUGUUACAUCUUUCUGGUAAGAUAUUGAGUUUGACUGUUUGGUCUUUAUGGUAAAGUCAUAUUUGAAUGUGGUAUUACUAGUUAUUUCUCAAAUUGUAUGUAUGUGUGUGUAUGUGUGUGGAGACAGCGAUUUCUUUACGCCAUCUCCCCCCAAUCCGGUCAAUUUCUUUUUUCCGUAUAGUACUUAUUCAGUUACGUUUUGCUCUAUUUGUUUUUAAUUUUGUUUGUCGUAAUUCUUAAAUAAAUAAAUAAAUAAAUAUUUAUUUAUUUUGAUCAUAUGCAUAUGCAUACCGUGACUGAAUUAUGGUCAUGUCUAACAUCUCAGAUUUCCAAUAUUCCUCUCUCUCUCUCUCUCUCUCUCUCACACACACACACACACAACUUUAGUUCGGUCGCUGAUGAUGUUGGUAUGAUAUAAAAAAGAGGUUGUAUAUAUUUUGGACAGGACAGUUGUAAUGUAACAAGUUUUGUUCUGUUCUCUUUCAAAAUAAAAUCAUCCAUUGUAAAUGACUGUUAGUGUACAUCGAAUGCAAUAUGAGUGAAAGUUUUCAAACGAAAUAACACAUUGCAUGGAAUAAAACAUGAAAAUGACAUUUACUUACUUACUUUGUUUACGUCUGUUAUUUUUUGUGGAAGAGUACAGGCCACCCACCAGCACUCUCAAUCCAACCCUGUCCUGAGCAAUCCUUUCCAGCUCUUUCCAGUUGUUAUUCAUGCUUUUCAUAUCUGCUUCUAUUUCCCGACGUAAUGUGUUCUUUGGCCUUCCACUUUUUCGCUUUCCUUCAUGAUUCCAAGUUAGGGAUUGCUUCGUGAUGCAGUUUGAUGAUUUGCAUAAUGUAUGUCGUAUCCAUUUCCAUCAUUUUUCCCUAAUUUCCUCUUCAACUGGAAGCUGGUUUGUUCUCUCUCACAGUAGGCUGUUGCUGAUGGUAUCUGGCUAAUGGAUGUUGAGUAUCUUGAAAAUGACAUUACUUGCGAACUAUUAAUUUAUUUUAUUGAUAUUAAAAAUUGAUCCAAGUUAAUUCAUCAUUUAAAACCUAGACGCACUGAAUGGCUGUUUCGCCCUAGUGUGGGACGCCUUAUAAGUUCUCGUUCAAGGCUCUCAACCGGGAAUCUAAGUUAAUCUAUUGACUGUUGGGUAUUUAUUUUAUUAUUUAUUUGAACACAUAAAUAUUGGUACAAAGAGUCACCAAAUACAUAUGUGGGCUGUGAUACUGCCCGGAUGCCAAAACCUAAGCAGGUGAUUUUCUAAGGGAACUACACCCCAAGCCUUCGACCUAAAGAUCUAAUCCACAAGACAGCGAAGCGACGUAGAGAGAUGCAAUCAUAUGGUAGCCGAUGACCAAUAAUUGGUUCAUACGCCAUUUGUUCCUUCAGGAUACUGGAGCCCAUGUGCAUCACAGGCUUGGAAUCAUGGUUUUCCAACUCUCCAAGAUAGACUCCGUGUCCACCAACCCAGUUAAAGCGCCGGACAUUCGCUUUUCAUCCUCUCAAGAAGGUAGUGAGUAGGACUUCCCUGGCAGUGGCUGUUAUUUAUAACCGUGUCAAUCCUAGUGUAGCCUAUACAACCUACCUAGUUGGGGUCUGCACAAUUAUCCUUUUAUUGAUGGUUAAAGUUGUUAUAUAAUGAUGUAUUGAUCGUCUUAUUCCUUAUGUUAUUUGAAAUCAUGAAUUUCCUUCUUUCAGAAUAAAUUUUUUAUACAUUCAUUAGUACAACUACUUAUGUCGGCUCUUUUGUUAGUCAUCUUAAUAAUGUCAUUGCGCUGUACUACUGACCUAGUAUGACAAUUUAGACCACUGUAUGUGUGUACCAGGUCGUCCGUUUAAAGGUAUUGAUUGUAUUUACAUUUACCAAAUGGGAACUACCGACAAAGUUGGGUUUUAAUGGCCCUAUCAGCUUAGCAAAGUGAUCAUAAAGCCAAAAUUUUUCUUCGAAGGCACGAUAACCCACAUUCAUUAUGUCGAUGAUUAUUUUCCCUGUUAGUCUCAGUAUGGAAAAUUCAUGACAUCAAAAUUUUACUACCACUUUGCUCAUGAAAGAGCAUCUUUGCUAAAAUAUUUAACGCUUUUUCUCAAACCCAUGACUUGCUAUUUUUAAUCUUACUGCAAUGCGACUCAUCUUUCUAAGAUAAUAGGGUCUUAUGAAACAAGUUUUCCAGCUAAUAUAAUUCUACUGGAUCUUCAUCAUAGUCAGUCUCGAUCAUCACUUCAUUGUAGCAUCCAUCAACUAAAGUCUAGCCGUUGUAUUCACUUGUUUUUCUGUCCUGAGUUGUAUAGCUAGAGUCGAUCCGCACCAUCUCCCCUAUGUUGAACAUGUUAACUACUCCACCUAAGACGGAAGUCAGAUUAGCCUUAGUAAUUUGUUGUUUGACAAAAUCUAGUCACGGAUUCAGAAGUCACAGCCUAUGUUUGCCGAUUUGUGUCACUUGUGACAUAGACAAGAUAUCCGUCUACAAACCGAAAGGCUCAUAUACUGUGCAGCAGUCCACCCUUUUCUAAUUUGUGGUUGUGAAAUGUGAAAUGUUUUUGACCAUAAGUCUUUUCGAAGCAUUACUUGCGUAUUUUUGAGUGAAUAAGUGAGAAAUAUUGAUUUUGGGCAUAGAUUACUAAGCAAAGGUUGCACUUUCUGUGAUGAGUUCGUGAGUUUUCAUCGACCAAAGUGGUCAGAGCAAAUAUUAUGUUUGCCUAACAACCCCUACCUCGACACACGAUGCCUACUAGCUUAGUAGUAGGUUGGAAAAAUUAAGAGCAGCCAAGUGGAAAUGUAGCCUCAUUCCAUGAAAUCGUUAAUCGCUGAUGUGAUACAUUUUGAUAGCUACAGACUAUCUGUUUCAUUUCUGAGCAAUAACUGCGAUCAAUGUUUGCAGGUGUAUUGUGUUAUAUGGAUGAAAAUCGACUGCAAUGGCGUAAAUGCAUCUACCCAUUAUUAUCCACUAGAUCUUAGAAAAAUGAAGCGUUGCAUAUUUUUGUCAGGUUCUACAUUGUCUAUAACUGAAUGACUAACAAUAAUUUACAGUGAAUUUCAUAUUUCCUUUUUCCUACUAUUUUUGACUUUCUUUUCUUUUUCUUCAGAAAACUUAAAUCCUGCCAAUGAGUCUAUAUCUAAGCUUACUUUAAGUGCAUCUGAUCGUGACUUAAUCGAUCUGGUUCCAGUUAUUAAAGAUGCUUUACAGAAAUCUGAAACUACAACGACAAUGACAACAACAAUAACAACGGGAUCGAUGAAUUUGAACCGCGCCAAUUCAUUUCCAAAUUCAUAUCUAUCCUAUGGUGGUUAUCAUAAAUCUCAUAAAUUAGAUCCAUUACAUGAAUCAUUAACCAUAACAACUACAAUGAAUAAUUUUUCAUUGAAUACAAUUAAUUAUACUAAACAACCAUCACCUAUAUAUCAACAUUCAAUAAAUGAUUUCAAUCAUUCAACAUUAAUAUGCUCUACAAAUAGAAAUCAUUCAAUUCAAUCUAAUAAUCAUAAUAAUAAUAAUGACUCAAUGAUCUAUUCAAAAGAUCAUAAUGGAAUUCUAUUAAAAUCGGAACGUUAUAGUUUAAAACGACCAAGACCAGUAUCACCUAGUUCAUUUCCAUCAUCACCAGCAAAAAAUUCAUAUCAUUUACAUUCUUCAUCAAGUCCACCUUUACUUAUAUCUGGAAUACCAUUUAGUAAUAAUAGUAAUAGUAGUAAUAAUAAUGCUAAUACUACUACUACUAAUAAUAAUAAUACUCGAAUUUCACAAAUUCAUCCACAAAUUCGUCGACCAUCAGAUUCAACAUUAUUAACCAAUGGGAAUAUUUCAUCAUUGAUCUCAAAUAAUCCUGUUAGUUCGACAUGUGCCAAUAAUAAUAAUACUUCAAGUGCAUUUUAUACUUUUUCUAUGCAUGAUAAUACUUCUGCCUUAUCUAGAUCACUUCAAUGUGCUAAUAUUAUUAAUACUCCUACUAAUGCUACUAUUACUAGUAAUACUACUGCUACGACUUCUAUGGUUAUCUCUACUUCGAAUAGUCUAUUACCUCAUUCUUCUCCUAACUCUCUUGUAUCACGAUCUAUUAAGAAUGAUCAAGAUCAGUCAAUGCUUCAUCAUCAUCAUCAUUUCCAUUCUGACCAAUCAUUAUUCCAACGACAACAUCAAGAAGGCGAAGAAGAAGAGAACGAUGAUGAUGGCGAUGACGAUCAUUCAUCAUCACCAUUUCUACUUCAAUCGUGCACUACCAUGCAACAACAACAACGUCAUUGUAAUUUAAAUAAAGAUGGCACAUUCCUUUGUUCACAACCGUAUCUUGGGUUAAUAGUCAACAGUGGUUCAGUGAAUGGCUUACAUAUAUAUCCAUCUUCUGUUAACAAUACAUUAAAUACAACUACUAAUAACAAUAAUAUUAAUACAACAAUAUCUUGGAUGAGUAGUUCCAAUUACUCAUCUAGUGGGAAGUCAACACCUCGGCAACCGGCGAAAAAACGUCCUGAAGCUAGAACACCAACUAUAGAUGGUUCAUUAGAUGAAAACCUACUGUCAUAUCCUCUAUCAAAUUCAUUAACUAGCAACACCUCAAUGUUGACAACAACGACAGCAACCGGAUUAUGCAAUUUUGAUGAUUCACAUUCACAUUUAUCAACAACACCUGUAACAUCAUCGACAGAAUCGACAACGAAUACCUUUAUGGUACAUCAUAAAUCACCAUUCGGUAAGUCAUUGGUUUAUUUUAUGUAAAUGAAAAUAAAUUUAUAGUUAGUUAACAAUUUCUCUACCUCUCUCUGUGUGUGUGUGUGUUUAUGUUCGUUAUUUGUAGUUGUGAACGAUUUAUUGUAUAAUUCCGUACGUGAAUAACGUAUCAGAGCAAGAACAUUUUCUUCACGAUCCAUCUGCACAUUUUAUUUUCUAGCCACUUGCUACUUACUGAAAUAACGUCGGACAAUGUUUGGUUACCAGUCAUGGAAUAUUGAUUUGAGCUGUAUAGGUAGAUAAGUGAAAAUAUCGUUCUUACUGUCUCAGUAUUCAUCAACUUUCUAUAAAAUGGCCCAAAAAGUCAUUUCAAUCUUCUUGUCAAAAAUUCAUUUAUUUUUCCUCAUUUUUCAUCUUUUUACUAAACACUACUUCACUUUUCCUACUGUCGUUACUGAUUUCUCUUUUCUAUGUUGACGUCAAGUGUGAGAAACGUACUUUUGUGAAGGAGCAUAGGUCACCUACUAGCAUUCUCCAUCCAACCCUGGCCUGGGCAAUCUUUUCCAGUUGUCUUCAGUUGCUAUUCAUCCUUUUCAUGUCUGAUUCUAAUUUUCGACGUAGCGUGUUAUUUGGCUUUCCUCUUUUCCGUCCCCCUUCAGGAUUCCAGGCAAGCGCUUACCUCACGAUUCAGUUUGGUGAUUUCCACAAUGUGUGUCCUAUUCACUUUCAUCGUUUUUUUUCUGGAUUUCCUCCUCAGUUGGAAAAACUGAUUUGUUCUCUCCUACAGUAGUAUGUUUCUGAUGGUUUCCAGCUAACGGACAUUGAGCAUCUUGUGUAGAAAAUUGUUUAGAAGUACUUGCACCUUUCUGAUGAUAGUUGUAGUACUCGUAGUUUCAGCUCCAUACAGUAGGACUGUCUUGAAGUUUGUAUUGGAGAUUGUGACUUCGAUGUUGGUUAACAGUUGUUUUGAGUUGCAUAUUUUCUUCAACUUUAGGAAUGCAACUUUUACUUGGCAAAUCCUCUCCUUUACGCCUGCAUCAGAUCCUCCUUGUUCACCGAUGAUGCUGCCCAGACACGUGAAAGAUUACAGAGCUUCUCCAUCAAGUGCGAUUGGGUUGAUGUUCUCUAUGUUGUAUUUGAGGAUCUUGCUUUCUCCCUUUUGGUUGUGAAGGCUUACUGUUGCAGAGACUUCUGCUACACUGGUUGUCUUCAUCUGCAUUUUUUCAUAUGUAUGGGAUAGAAGGAUCAGGUGAUCUACGGAGUUCAAAUCGUCUAGAUGGUUUCGAACUGUCCAUUGUUUUCUGUGCUUCCCCUCAGAUGUGGAGGUCCUAAUAAUCCAGCCAAUCACCAGAAGAAGAGAAAGAGGAGUGUAAGCAUCCCUGUCUGACUUCGGCCCCCACUUGGAAUGCAUCUGUGAGCUGUCCUCCACGCACGACUUUGCAGUGUAGUCCGUCGUAUGAAUUCCGGAUGAUAUUGACAAUUUUCUCAGGUACACCAUAGUGUCGAAGAAGUUUCCAUAAUUUCUUCCCAUCCACACUGUAGAAUGCUUUCUCAUAGUCAAGGAAGUAAAUGUAUUGUCGAGUUCGAUUCAGUUAAUUGUUCGACGAUGAUCUGUAGUGUUGCAAUUUGGUCUGUGCACGAUCGAUCCUCACGGAAUCCAACCUGUUGAUCUCAAAAAUUGACGUCUACUGCAUCUUUCAUCCGGUUCAACGACACUUUGUUGUAAUCUUUUCCUGGUACCUAUAGUAGUGUGAUUCCUCUGUAGUUCUCACAUUUGUUCGGAUCUCCUUUCGUAUAUUAAUGAGGUGUCCUUUGUUCUAGUCUGUCGGCGCUUGUUCUUCCUGAAUAGAACGUGAAACAUCUUACCAGUUACUUCUGUGUUUGACUACAGUGCUUCAUCUGGUAUAUUAUUGGGUUCUGCUGCUUUCCCACUCUUGACUUGUCUGAUGGCCAUCCUGAUUUCUUCGAUCGUUGGUGGAGUGACAGCUAUUGGAAGUUCUGUGUGUUAUGCUUCGAUGUUCGAUUGGUUCAGUGGGGUUGGCCUAUUUAACAGUUCUUUAAACUGUUCUACCCACCUGUUUCACUAUUCUUACAUCUCAGGCAUUGGUUUGCCUUCUUUGUCCUUGACCGGUCUGUCUGAUUUACCAUAUUUACCUGCCAGUUUCUUCGUUGUAUCAUAUAAUUGUUUCAUACUUCCUUCCCUUGAAUUUUUUUACGCUAUCGUUGCUAGAUCUUUCACGUAUUUCUGCUUGUCAGCUCUAAUACUUCUAUGUAUUCAGCUUGUGCCUUGACUUUCUCUGUUCUUGUUCGGCUGUUGUUAAUUGCUGUAUUCUUGUUCUUCCUUUCUCGAAUCUCGUCUAGAGUUUCGAUAGAGAUCCAUUCCUUAUGAUGAUACUUCUUGCAACCCAGCACCUCCCUACUCGUUGAAAUUAGUGCUUCUUUUAUCCCUUUCCAGUUAUCCCCCAUAGUAGUUUCUUCUUUCAGUAGAUCUGGAAAGGCUUGUAACCUGUUGAUGAGAGUUAUCUUGAAUUCGUUGAGUUUGUCAGUAUGUCGUCGGAAGGCUGAAUUGAACCUUUGUAAUGUUGUUUGUCCAGUUGUCCAAUGCUUCUUUAGCCUCAGUUUCAUCUUGGAAACAACCAGAUGAUUGUUGGCCCACCAACAAUUGAAGAAAUCAGCAUGGCCAUCAGACAAAUCAAGAGUGGCAAAGCAGCAGGACCAGACAACAUUCCAGCAGAGGCACUGAAAGCAGACGUAGCGGCAACUGCAAGGAUACUCCACAUUCUCUUCAAUAAGAUUUGGGAUGAGGAACAAGUACCAACAGACUGGAAAGAAGGACUUCCGAUCAAAAUACCAAAGAAAGUCGAUCUCAGCAACUGUGAUAACUACAGGGGCAUCACUCUUCUCUCAAUACCGGGAAAAGUCUUCAACAGGGUAUUGUUAGUCAGACUGAAGGGCUCCGUAGACGCCCAACUUCGAGACCAACAGGCAGGAUUCCGUAAGGAUAGAUCGUGUACAGACCAAAUGGCAUCUCUACGGAUCAUUGUGGAACAAUUAAUUGAAUGGAAUUCAUCACUCUACAUCAACUUCAUUGACUACAAUAGCGUGGACAGAACAACACUAUGGAAGCUUCUUCGAUACUACGGCGUGUCUGAGAAGAUAGUCAAUAUCAUACGAAAUUCCUAUGAUGGAUUACACUGCAAAAUUGUGCAUGGAGGACAAUUGACAAAGUCGUUCGAAGUGAAGGCCGGUGUUAGGUAAGGUUGCUUACUCUCACCCUUUCUCUUUCUCCUGGUGAUCUACUGGAUCAUGGAGACGUCAACAUCUGAAGGGAAACACGGGAUACAAUGGACAUCUAGGAUGCAAUUGGACGAUCUUGACUUCACAGAUGACCUAGCCCUCCUAUCGCAAUCGCAACAACAAAUGCAGGAGAAAACGACCAGUGUAGCAGCAGCCUCAGCAGCAGUAGGUCUCAAUAUACACAAAGGGAAAAGCGAGAUUCUUUGAUACAACACAUCUGAUGGAGAUGUGGAGGCACGAAUCGGCAAAGCAAGAGCAGCAUAUUUACAAUUGAAGAACAUCUGAAACUCAAAACAACUGUCAACCAACAUCGAAGUCAGAAUUUUCAAUACAAAUGUCAAGACAGUUCUACUGUAUGGGAUGGAAACCUGGAGAAAUACGAAAGCAAUCUUCCAGAAGAAACAAGUUUUUAUUAACAUUUUUUACGUUAAAUCUAUUGGUCAAACACUAUCAGCAACGACCUACUGUGGGAGAGAACAAAUCAAAUUCCAGUGGAGGAAGAAAUCAGGAAGAAGUGCUGGAAGUGGGUAAGACACACAUUGAGGAAAGCACCCAACUGCUUCACAAGACAAGCCCUCACAUGGAAUCCUCAAAGCCAAAGGAAAAGAGGAAGAUCAAACAACACAUUACGCCGAGAAAUUGAGACAGACAUGAGUUGAAUGAACAAAAAUUGGAUAGAACUAGAAAGGAAGGUGCAGGACAGAGUGGGUUGGAGAAUGCUGGUCAAGGGCUCAUACUCCGUUAGGAGUAACAGGCGUAAUUAAGUAAGUAAGUAACAACCAGAUGAUGAUCUGAGGCUAUAUCAGCUCCUUUUCUUGUUCUCAUGUCUUCCAUUAACUUUCCGAAUUUUUUUGCUGAAGCAAAUACAAUCUAUCUGGUUCUCCGUGGUGUGAUGCGGUGAGACACACUUUGCUUUGUGUAUGCGUUUGCGGGGGAAUAUUGUGCUGUCUAUAACCAUUUUGUUGAAUGCACAUAAAUUCGAAAAUCUUUCAUCACUCGUUCCUUUCUCCCAGUCACUCCAUGCUGUCCCAUGACAUCUUCAUACCCAGUUUUGUCCAUUCCGACUUUGGUGUUUAGGUUUCCCAUUAGGAUUGUCGGAUGCUUUCGUGGUCACUUCUCUAUGAUCGAUUGCAGCCUCUCGUAAAACUGAUUUUUAUCGUCAUCGUUGUUAUCAUUGGUGAGUGCAUAACAUUGGAUAACAUUCACUGUGAUUCCCAUUUUUGUUUCAAAUGAUGCUUUGGUGAUCCUGGAUUCAUGAGAUUCUCACCCUAAGUACAGCAGUAUCUCUCCGGAAUCUAUCCUUUGCUGUCCAGCUUGGUUCAAUGGGUUUCACUGAUUCCGAGCACUCAAUUUUUAUCUCAUUUCCGUUGCUAUUUGACUGGUCCUUAAAGUCUCCCACAUUGGUUGGACGGUCCAUGUGCCUACAUAAGUUUUUGCUCUCGUUGUUAGAAGGGGCAUCGGUCUCGUGACUUCCUUUGUCACGAGACGUCAUAAUUCUUCCUUCAACUCCUAGGGCAGAGUUUGAAUGGUUUAAUUUUUUUAUUCUCUUUUUUUCAGUAAGAUUUUAACAUAUGGUAAGUCGUUUAAUGAGAUAGGGAAUCUUCACUGAUUGGGUUGGUUUGGGACAUGUUUCAUGCACGGUCAACCACUGCCUACCUCAACAUGCAAUAUUGACUGAUAUAGGAGUAGGUUGGAAAAAAGUUAGGGGCAACCGGACCAAGAUGUGGCAUCAGUUCCUGAAGUCAUUAACUGUUGCACUGAUCUAUAUUGGUAAGUGCAGACCAUGUGAUUGUGAUCAGUGGAUUUAUCUUGUAACCAACCAAUAGUUAAAAGCAUUGGAUGAGAUGUUAGAUCAGAAUAAGUCACAAUUACGCAGAUGUAUUCAUUCUUUCUUUGUCUACCUCCCUAGAUUUUGAUUCUUAAGAUUAUCUUGUACUCUUUACUCCACGGUGUAAUGCUCUCAUCUUAUUGUCUAUGGUUAGUGUUUUGUUCUACCACUGAUACUGUUACUACAUCGAUUACUCUGUCAGUUGUCUUGAUAAUUGCAUUUCAGUGUGAAAACCUGAAUCAAUGUGCGUAUAUACUCAUUCUAAAGAUAGCUUAUGACUAACAAGCAUUGUCCCACCUCGACUGGCUAUAGAAUGAAAAGUCCGAAACUACUGUUCUUCAUCUUAUUCGUUUAUGUCCAUAUCCGUAGAACUUAUCAUUUUUUGCCUCUAUUAAUUGUGCUACAAUUUCAUUACUGAUGUCUACACAUUAUUUCAUUCUUUGUGUGUUUAUUUCUUGUUCUCUGUACAUUAAUAGUCCCAGUGCAUAGUAGAGUUGGUCGUCCCAGUUCAACAGAACUAACUCCUACUAGUUUAAAUUAUAUAAAUGAUGAUCCCGGUUCACAUUGUCUUUCAUCAUUUACUACAACUAUGACAGUCAAUAAUUCACCAAAAAAACAAAUUUCAGAAAAAUACCAAUUAAUAACCAAUGCUACAAAUGUCAAUUUCUCAUCGACACAUCAUAAUACCAGUGAUCGUAAUGUCGACGAAGAUGAUGAUAAUAAUAAUGAUGAUGAUGAUGAAGGUGAAAUGGAUCAAGAAUUAGUUGAUAUUAUGGUUGCACGUAAUACUGCUUCAACUGUAUCAAAUUUUUCAUCAUAUUCUUCAUCGAAUUUACAUAAUUCAUUUAAAUCACAAAUUAGCCACAAUCAAAUCCAUCCGCUUCUGUUAAAUUAUAACAACAAUAAUCGUAGUAUUACUACUACUACUAAUAAUAAUAAUAGUAAUAUUAAUAAUCGACCAGAUUUACUAAAUUCUGAUGAGAUUGGUAAUGCUAGUCCAAAUGGAAGACGUGUGAUAGCUGCAAUUGUUGCUGCUUUAGCGAAUGUCAGUGAAUCACCAUUAAUGAUGGAGAGGUAAGUUCUAUAAGCAGAAAAAAUGACAAGCGAUUGAUUGUUUCCCUCCGUCUACUUUUAUUGUAGAAAAAAAGUAGAUUUAUUUCAUUAAGUGACUAUAGUUUGAUGACUAAUGAAAAUAAGAAAGCAUUAACCAGUUGUUACGUUGAAGUAUUAGAUACCUUAAUGAUGGUUCAUAUCCACGACCCACCCCAUCACCAACGAUUAAAAACCAGGAUAUUCAGGCUUUGUGGUGAACAUUGAAGAUUCAAACAAUAGUUUACGUUAUCAUUUAUUUGGAAUGUUGAGAUUUAUCUGAAUCCUGAAACAAUUGAAUUUUACUGGACCUCUCUCCUCACUAGGUUUCCAAGAAUAGAUUUUGUUCAUCAGUAAACGUAUAAUCGUGUGUAUGGUUGUGAUUAUUGGCUAGUUUUGUUGGAAUAUUUUUAAUCGUGAUAGAUCUAAUACUACGUUUUACUAUUUAAACUUGAACGUACUUUAAUUCACAGUCUGAGACGGAGAGGUAUUCAAGGUGUAAUUAGCAUUCUGUAGGACUUUAGAUAUUUACAUAUCUUUUAACGUAUCAAGUUAGCUAAUUAAAUUAUAUGUCACUGAUUAAACCAUUUGAUGAACAAUCUGUCAGUCUUAGGUCCAAGUUCUAUUCCAUCCACCUUGAUUUUAAUGGAUUCAGUGUCCUCGCGCUCACUUCACUAUAAUGCUUCUCAUUUGUUUAAUACAUUAUAUUCACAGAAAGAGUAUUAACACACUGUUAGAAUGAUGAAUAUUUUUGUUAUUUUGUGUCGGUUCAUAAAUUAUAUUGCUUUAUUUUGAAAUCUGAGUGUUGCCCAACUGAAAAUGAUUGGGAUUUCACCGGUGGAUUGGGGUUAUUUAUUGAUCAAGAUUAUUAUUAUUAUUAGGUAAAAGUAUAUGCUGCGGCGACGUUGGGUGGUAGCCUAUCAGCCAAUUCGAAGACCGUUUAGUUACUAAACGCCUAAUAGUGGAAUAAUGACAGCUUUGAUUUAAAUAAUUAACACUUUUACGUCAAAUUAUCCUUCGUAGUAAGAAAAAAGGUCAAGUUUACAUACGUGUGUACAUACUUAUUACUAGUCAGAUUACUAUUGUAAGUUAAGGUUGUCACCCUAUAAAGUUUUGGUCACGAAUUUGAGUUAGGUUUACAAAUUUAGGUCAGGAUUUUCAUCAUGAACUGAAAUCCACUAUAAAUCCAUGCUUUGUCAUUUUUCUUCUGUUUACAAAUUUGUGAAACUUAAGGUUUCAGAUGUAGAAUAAGAGUUAGAAAAGGGAGAAUAUGAUCUAGCUUCAUCAAAACACCUAAUUAUUCAGUAAACCACAUCAAGUACUUUAACAGAGUAUAUCUGCCUUAGUAGUAGGCAUGUUAUGUUUCAAUCAGUCAGUCAGCUACAACGUGGGACCAGGCACAUGUAUGCAUCGGUUCAAGUUGCCAUACCUCAUUGACACAACAAGAUGAACACCGGAUGCGUGUUUAUGUUUAGGAUCUAUUAUUCACUUUAUUGGUAGCAUAAUAGAUAUUUUUAUUGAUUUAAAACAUCUCAAGCACCAAUUUUCAUUUGGUUAAUAAUAAAGUACAUAUUAUCUAUCAGUGUACCUUAAAUUUCGCGCAAAACACCUAAAGUGUUAUCUUAAUUCUGAUUGAUCAACUAAAGGUCGUCAGUAUAUCAUACUUUGACCUAUUUUAAUUUUAAAUAAAGUGAGAAGAACAAAAUUUACAGAAUAACAUGGAUUCAAUGUAUUUUCAAGCUUCUCAUCAAUUUCAAUUCAUAUUAGUAGUAUGAUUAUAAAAAUGCUUUAUUAUAAACCUUAGUCUGAACCAUUUUGGUAGAUCCAAACUACUUGGUUGGGGUCCACGUGACUAUCGUAACCAAUGGUUGGAGACUCUUGGUGACAUGGUAGAGAAUCGAUCACAAUGGUGUAGGUAUACACACUAUUAUUGAAAUAAGUGAUUCUAUGAAUUUGGUGUUCAUCUUGUUCUGGUAAUGGUGUGUGGUAACUUGGACCGAUGCAUGUAUGUACCUGGUCUCCUACAUUGUAGAUGAUUGACUGAAUUAAAGAAGUUCAGUUCGAAACGACAUAAUAGUUAAGAUAGUUUAUAUAACUAUCUUUCCAUGGUAAUGAAUGAGGUUUAUUGUACAUUCUUUCUUCAUAAUAAGGUCUUGAUGGUAAUAUUCACUUUGUGUUCAUUAUCAAUUAAAUGUCUUGUGGUCACACUUAUGAAUGCUUCAUUUUCUUUCAAACACAACUUUCGAGGAAUAUGUUCAGAAAACUUUGUAUAGAUAGAUACCUUUCUGUCAGUCCCCCUUAUGUUCUUGUUUUCAAAAGUACAUAUAGAUUCAUAAUUACAUUUAGAGAUAUCCUUAAACGGUUAUUAAUCCACUUUCGAUUGAUUUAAAGUCAGUCAGUCAGUUACAAUGUAGGACCAGGCACAUAUAUGCAUCGAUCCAAGUUGCCAUACCGCUUAAGCACAUUAAGACGAACACCGGAUUCAUAGAAGUAGUUAAUUCAAUUGUGUAAUAUAUAAAUGAAAGAUUGCAUAUAAGGAUAUAGUACAGAAAGAAAGAAUUAGUUGGUAGAAAGAAAGAUCUGAAGCGAUUUUAAUCUCAUAGUUUAGGG